AACAAAAAAACACAUUAAAGUAUAUAAGAACGCGGCAGCGAUUAAUUAUUUAGUUUAAAAAAAAAUAGCAAAGGAGCGGAAAUUAAUCAUAAAUAAUUACAAAAGUUAUUUUUUUUUUUACAAAAUGAUUUUGUAUUUUUUUUGUGUUUUUUUACUGGAGGCGAGGCAGACUGAGGCUACAGGAAUUCUCACCGAAGAUGUACGGCCAGAAUUUCCUAAAUUGUCAUUUCCAAUACCUAUGGAACCUUCAAAUUACAUCGAAAAUCCAUUGGACGCAACUUUCGAGUACCUAAUUCCAAAAGUUGGUGGCGACUAUGACGAGUUAUCGAAUGAAAUAAUCGAUUUCGAUAGGGAAUAUUCAGAAAACGAUUAUCAUGACUUCGAAUCUGACGGUGAAUCGAUUAAUAAACCCAUUAAUAAUUUUCAUAAUCUGAUUAAUCCUACCUAUGGUCACAUUAAUCCAAUUAAUCCCAUCGUUAAUUCCAUUUAUUCUCUGAGUCGAUUAAAUCAAACCAUUAAUCCUAUUAAUGAUGUUAAUGAACCAAUUAAUCAGUCAAAAAACUCUAUUAAUUCUACUAUUGAACCCAAAAACCUUAUUAAUCCAAUUAACAAGCCCAUUAAUCAUAUUAAUGAACCUAUUAAUCAUAAUCUUUUUUAUAAAUCCAUUAAUCUUGUUAAUGGAAUUAAUUUUCCCAUUAAUGCGCCUGAAAAUCUUAUUAAUCAACCUAAUAAUCAUAUUAAUGAACAUACAAAUCCUAUUAAUUCUAUUAAUGAACCCAUUAAUGCGAUUAAUAGACGCAUUAAUCUUAAUAAUGAACCCAUUAAUCCUGUUAAUGAAACCGUUAAUCCUAUUAAUCAACCUCGUGAAUCCAUUAAUGUGGUUAAUGAACGCAUUAAUCUCAAUAAUGAACCCAUUAAUGCGAUUAAUGGAUGCAUUAGUCUUAAUAAUGAACCCAUUAAUCCUAUUAAUGGAACCAUAAAUCCUAUUAAUCAACCUCAUGAAUCCAUUAAUCCUAUUAAUAAUUCUAUUAAUAAAAAAAAUUCAUUUAAUUUGAGAAAAGAAACUUCUGUCAUACAAAUAGAAUUAACGUUAAUUAAUGACACCAUUAAAUUAAUAACAAUAGGAUCACCUGAUCCUCUACCACAAUUAACUGAUAUACAAUUAAAACAAUUAAUUGAUGACUUACGUCAUAAUUUGACAGAUUAUAAAUUUACUAAAGUGAUUAAUGUCAUUAAUUCUACUAAAGAAUCUAAGCUUCGCGAUAUGAUUAAUAGAAUUAUGAGUCCUAUACCUGUGUUCGAUAAUUCGAUAUAUCGAAUUAAUGAACCGAUUAAUCGAAUUAAUGAUCAAGUUAUUAAUGUCCACUUUAAUUUAACGUUAACCGAUGGGGUAAUCAAAUUAAUAACAGUUACAUCAUCUGAUUUGUCGAUACGAUUAACUGGUGAGCAAAUUGAACAACUGAUUAAUGAGUUGCGUAAAUUUUUAAUGGAUACUAAACCGAUAGAAGUGAUUAAUGCGAACAGUAGCGACAGAUAUUUUAAGUCUGAGGAAGUCAUUAAUUUAUUUAAUCGAUUAAUCCUUCCUAGACCAUCGAUUAAUCAUCAUCAUGUUGAAUCUCACUCAGUUGCGAUUAAUCGAGUGAUUAAUGGAGUUAAUAAUGAGAUUAAUGGAAAAAUUAGGGAUCCGCGACCUGCAGAAUUUGAUUACCCGAUGGCUCGGUUAAUUACUCAACAUAAAUUUAUUAAGGAUCAACUGAUUAAUGGCAUUAAUAAAUCAUUAAUGAGAAGUAAACGCGAUGCCAUGGCUGUAAAUUUAACGCAAUUUGAUGAAACUGCGAUGGAAGAAUUGAUUAAUCGAAAAAUAAAAAAACACGAACAACGUAAGGUAUCAAUUGAUAUGAAUAGAAUUCUUAUGUUUAAUGAUGAAGGCGAAUUAAUCAUCAGAGAAUCAGUUAUGAGAAAAUUGGGAUUAAAUGAUAAUAAAAAAAAAUAUACUGACCUUAAUGAGCUGUUUGAGGACUAUCUUAAAAAACAAGAUGGCGGAGAUGGUGAAGAUGAAGACGCAGAUGAUUUUUAGAGUAAUUAAUCUUAUUAAUUAGAUGGAUUUUUGUGGUUUGGAAAUGGGAUACUAUACAGUUUAAAUUUGCACAUAUGUAGAAUAAGAAUUUAUUUCAAAUAAACUUUCAUAACUAUU